AUGCCGUACAUUAAUUCGGGCAAUUGCACCUACGCAGAUAAUGUUCAGCUGAAUUUUGUAUGCGAUGCCAAAUUAACCAAAACAAUGUGGCAUCGUUGGAGUGAUAAUAGAGUCAGCAAAUCGGAGGAAUACGCUGUGUGGGAGAGUUCGAAGGAAAAGGAUGCGGUUGUACUUGUCUCAUUCAAGAAAUCCAAGCUGUUUGACUACAAAACCAUUAAAAUGGACUCACUGCAUUACAAGAUAUUUGGUGUCGAAAAUGGCAAAGAUGUUGAAAUCGAAUUGAAGGAUGGCAACACGAAUUGCUUUGCCUUUGGCGUACGCUAUGUAAGCGAUCUAAGAAACCAUUGUCUGGACCUCGACUACAAUCCAGAUGAUAUUGUUGCAUAUCCCAUAAUCCACUAUUCCAAGCCAAUAUUGAACUUCUUCCAACCGAAAGGUUAUGCAAAUGGGCAUGUGUGA